AUGGCCCAAAAUGAGAGAUACAGCACCAUCCGUCCUCCCCUCUUUAACGGUGAUGACUUCCUGUACUGGAAGAAGCAGAUGGAGGUAUACCUGAUGACCAACUUCAACCAAUGGUUCAGCAUCACCAAAGGUCCCUCAAAAGAAACUAAACAAAAGAACAAACCAGAGUCAGAAUCUGAAUCUGACUCAGAAGACGAAGAAGAACAACUUGUGAACAUGGUCAGAAAAAUGUUCACAAGAAGAAAGAACAGCUUCUCGAAGAAGGAUCUACAAAAGGUAAUCAAGUCAAAUGACACGAAGGUGAAGAUCACAUGCUACGGGUGUAACAAGAAAGGACACUACAAGCACGAGUGCCCAAAGGUGAAAGACGACAAAUCUAAAAUAACCAGAAAGAAAAAGGCACUCAAGGCGAUUGUCUUUUUCGUAAACAACCCUAACCCCAUUAAUAACCCCUUCCGUUCGACAUUCCGGCCCUCCCUCGCCGCCGCCAACGCUAGACUUUCUCCUCUCAUUUUACCUGCUGUCGGCGGCGGUGCCGCCUCACUAGAUCUGCCCCUCUUCCUGGUUCAUGAUGAUGGCAGCAAGGACAGGUUGACUGACGACGCCUCCGUCUUCUCGCUCCACUUGUUAGGAGCCAGUUUACUGUCCUUGUUCACUCGGGCUCUCAAUUGUUCUUGUCGAAGGCAAUAUAUUCGAACUGACUGGAGGCGGCGUAUAAUGUUCAAGAAUAAGAUACCGAUCCUCGCCAAGAGUUCCCGGUCUCUGUUAUUUCAGGUUCGAUUGUAUUCUCCUUCAUUUCUCGCAUAUUCUCUCCGACUUCCUCUGCGAAACCCUGGGAGUUUGCAUGAGACUUUUGCCCACAAUGCACUUUCUACACCCCUGUGCCUUCGGUGGCUGAGCACUGCUACUCAAAGAAAUGAUUUUCCACCUGACCACUAUGCCCACCAGGAGAGUGUCAGUGAACCCCAUUACAACUCCCGUUCAUCGUUUCGCAGUGGUAUGUAUCAGGGUCCAGAUGGCUACAGGAGUGGAGAGGCGGGAGGAACUCCAACGUAUAGUCAUGAUCAGUUAAAUUGCCACAGAAGUGGCAUCCACGAGGAGUUCAGUUCAAACUCAAAUGGAUGUGACACUAGCAGCCCUGCGCAUGUGAGUUCCACCGGCAAGGAAUGGAGAAACAAACAUGAAUUUUCUGUCAAUUCUGAUAGAUACAAUCAGGGCUAUUCUAGACCUGGCGGGCACAGUACAAGUGCUUUUACUAAUCAGCACUACCAUAGUCCACAAACAAGUUGGCAUUACCAAAAUAACACAGCAGAGUUCCACCAGAAUCCUAGCAUCCAUGGUGUAGAUGUCCGACAGGAAGGUAUUUUGCAUCAUUCAAAUGUUGUUCCUGGCCAUAUAACAAAUGUCGAAUCAUAUGGAAAUGGGAAAGAAUGGCAUAGAAGGGAAGGAUCAUAUCAAGAUCCUAGUGGCCAUUAUGGAGAGAGAUAUCCAGAACGCUUCGGCACAUAUUCAAGCUUUGGUAAUGAAAAAUAUGGACAUAAUCCAGGGAAUGUGCAACAUGAUCCAAAUUCUAAUUGUCUGGAUAACAGAGCAGGAACUUGGGCACAUAAUCCUAGCAUACAUGGUGGAGAUGCCCAACAAGAAGGUUUUUCCAAUAGUUCAAAUGUUGUUCGUGGCCAUAACACCAUAGCCAACGGUGAAUCAUAUGGAAAUUGGAAAGAAUGUCAUAGAAGGGAGGAAUUAUAUCAAGAUCCUAGUGGCCAUUAUGGAGAGAGAUAUCCAAAACCCUCGGGCACAUAUCCACGCUUCGGCAAUGAAAAAUAUGGACACAAUCCAGGAAAUGUGCAACAUGAUCCAAAUCCUAAUUGUCUGGAUAACACAGCUGGAACUUUUCCAAAUAACCAGAAAGGAACUUAUACAGAUAGAGAAGGAAAUAUUCAUCAAAGGUCACAUGGGUUUUUAAAAGAAAUGCCAACUGACAUUUUGUAUGACCAUGCUGGAUAUCAAAGAGAGAAUCCUCCUGUAGUUCAUCAGAACUCUGCUUUCUCUGGUAGUUCAGCAGGACAAAAUACUUCUGAAUCUUCUAUUGGAUCUGCUGAAAUUGGCUAUUCUAGUAGAUACAAAGGUACAAUUGAUGAACUGGACGAGCUUUGCAAAGAAAAGAAGAUGGAAGAAGCAAUGGAAGUGUUGGCUAUGCUUGAGAAGAAUGGGUUUAUGGUGGACCUUCCAAGGUAUUUGAAUUUGAUGGUAGCAUGUGAUGAUGACAAGUUUAUAGAAGAAGCAAGAAAAUUACAUAGCCACAUAUUACAAAGAUUUGAAAAUGUUGAGGUUAGAGUAAACAACAAGAUUUUGGAUAUGUACUUCAAAUGCAGUUCAACAUCUGAUGCUUUUCAGUUAUUUGAUAAUAUGCCUCAUCGAAAUUUGACAUCUUGGGAGACCAUGAUAAUGGGUCUUGCAAAUAAUGGGUACGGAGAGGAUGCAAUUGAAAUGUUCACCGGGUUUAAACAGAAAGAGUUGGCACCUGAUGGAGGAUUGUUUGUAUCAAUUUUUUAUGUCUGUGGUUGUCUAGGAGCUAUUGAGGAAGGACUGUUACACUUUGCAUCAAUGGAAAAAGAUUUUGGUAUUGCUCCUGGCAUGGAACAUUAUCUUGGCAUUGUAGAUAUGCUUGGGAGAGCAGGAUAUUUGGAAGAAGCUCUUGAAUUCAUUCACCAGAUGCCAUGUGAGCCGAGUAUUGAUAUUUGGGAAACACUAAUGACUCUUUCUAGAUUAAAUGGAAAUUUGGAACUAGGGGAUCUAUGUGCUAAGGUUGUAGAGCAUUUAGAUGCUUCUAGGCUAAAUGAACAAUCUAAGAAGGGUCUGUUGCUUGUGAAAGAUUCAGACUUGGCAAAGGAGAAAGAAAAGAAGAAGGGUCUUCAACUUAAGAGCAGAAUUCGUGAAUACAGAGCAGGAGACAGAUCUCAUCCUGAAAAUGACAAACUUUAUGCGCAGCUAAGAUGUUUGCAACAACAAAUGAAGGAGGCUGGAUAUGUGCCAGACACAAGAUUUGUGCUCCAUGAUGUUGACCAGGAAUCUAAGGAGGAUGCUUUACUUGCUCACAGUGAGAGGCUGGCUCUUUCUUAUGCCCUUAUGACUUCCUCUGUUCGAUCAGAUAUUAAGAUUAUGAAAAAUCUUCGUGUUUGUGGAGAUUGCCAUAAUGCUUUGAAAAUCAUAUCAAAGCUAGUUGGAAGGCUAAUCAUUGCAAGAGAUGCUAAGAGAUUUCAUCAUUUUGAGAAUGGAGUAUGCUCAUGCAAAGAUUAUUGGUAAUCUUAACAGAUUGCAGAGACAGAUUGCUGAGAAGGACAAGAUUAUUGUCGCAAGAGCAAGUUAUUUAUCGUCGCCUUUGGAGCAGCGGUGGAGCAUGUUACAGAUAUCAAGCUAGAGUUCGAUAAUUUAUUGGGAGGAGGCAAUUUACUCUGAGAGGAUAUUUCGCUAGAUUGUUAGUUUGUAUACCAAAUUUUGAUUCUUAUUUAUAUUGUAUCAGAUGUUGCUGGUCGAAGAAAUCUUCUGUGGAAGCAGAGAUUAGUAACCCGGCUAAUUGAACUCAGAUGAAUAUAAAUACGCAAACUUGUUAUUUA